GCCUCCCGCGCCCGCGGCCCGGCGGAAGGACACGCGCUCCGGUCCGGCAGGAGGCCUCGGCCCCCUGCGCCGACCCCGCGGUUCCUGCGCUCCUGGGCGCCCCCUCCCCGCCCUCCCGGCAUGGAGUCCGCGGAGCGCGCCCAGGACCGGGUCCCCAGGGUGGACCCUUACGGGUUUGAGAGGCCUGAGGACUUCGAUUACGCCGCUUAUGAGGAGUUCGCUUCGGCCUACCUGGUCGUGCUCACCAGAAGAGCCAUAAAAUGGUCUAAACUUCUGAAGGGGAGGGGCCGUGUCCAGAGAAGCGGCACAGUGAAGCGCUAUAUCCGGAAAGGCGUCCCCCUCGAGCACCGGGCCCGCAUCUGGAUGGGGGUGAGUGGAGCCCAGGCCCAGAUGGACCAGAACCCCGGCUAUUACCAGCACCUGCUCCAGGGCGAGCACGACGACAGGCUGGAGGAGGCCAUCAGGACAGAUAUGAACAGGACCUUCCCGGACAACGUAAAGUUUCGGAAGAGCGCAGACCCCUGCUUACAGAAGACCCUGUACAACGUGCUCCUGGCCUAUGGGCGCCACAACCAAGGUGUGGGCUAUUGCCAGGGCAUGAACUUCGUAGCCGGAUACCUGAUCCUCGCCACCCAGAGUGAGGAGGAGGCCUUCUGGCUGUUGGAUGCUCUCGUGGGAAGGAUACUGCCGGCGGUAGGGGGCCAGGGACGCAGUGCCUGGGUUUCAUCUCUGGUCCGUGCGGCAGAUUACUACAGUCCCGCCAUGCUGGGCCUGAAGACAGACCAGGAGGUCCUGGGAGAGCUGGUGAGGACCAAGCUGCCAGCGGUGGCAGCCCUGAUGGACGGGCACGGCGUCCUGUGGCCCCUGGUGGUGUCGCGCUGGUUCAUCUGCCUGUUUGUGGACAUCCUGCCCGUGGAGACUGUGCUCCGGAUCUGGGACUGUUUGUUUAACGAAGGAUCCAAGAUUAUCUUCCGAGUGGCCCUGACCCUGAUCAAGCAGCAUCAGGCCUUUAUUUUGGAAGGGACCAGCGUGGUGGACAUCUGCGAGAGGUUCAAGGCCAUCACCAGGGGCAGUUUUGUGACCGAGUGCCACACCUUCAUGCAGAAGAUAUUCUCCGAGCCCGGGAGCCUGUCCAUGGCCACCAUCAGCAGGCUGCGCGCGAGCUGCCGGGCCAGGCUGCUGGCACAGGGCUGACUGGGGCCCCUGCCCGCGGCCACCACGAGGCCUCAUUUCCAGGGCCCACCAGCUUCUGCUGCUUCCCUUCUUUAGUGCUGUGAAUACUCGAGGUCUCUACACUUGGGACUUUUUUAAAAGAACGACUUGGCAUAACAUCCUUCUGUAACUCCGUUAUGGCCCACGACGUCCUAAAUUUCUAAAACUAUUUUUACUUGAGACGUUCAUCCAUGAAACGUGAGAUGUACAGAUUUGUAAUAAACUGUGGCAACACUG